GGAUUUCGCGCCUCAUUUUCGGCAUAUUCCCCGUUCCCGCCAUUCCCACCGGCGCGGUGUAGAGGCCAGAGGGAGAGCCGCAGCUGGGUAAUGAAGCUGAAAAUAUACGACAGAAUUUGUUUUGAAGAAUUUUCAAAAUAACCCCCAUGGCUCCACAAGUAAGAAAAUGAAUAAAGGAAUCUGGAGCGGAGAAGUUACAAGUUACCAUGGAAAUGUGCUACGAGGUGCAUACAAUUACUGACUGCCGUCAGUAAUUGAACAGGAUGUCAUCGCCUGAAACAACUGCGCAGAUUACAUAAUUGAGGUCUGAGAUAGGUGCCUACCUGUAUGCUGAAGAUGGCUGAUAAUGACAAGCUCAAUUGGAUGUAUGAAGGUAGCAAGUCUUCCUUGAAUAGGGAAGAAUACCUUCUUGGAAAGAAGAUUGAUGCUAAUUUUGAGAGAUUACAAGAUGAGGAAAAGUCCGCAGGUCCAGUCUAUAAGGUAGAACAUGAAAUUCUUCCAGGAUCUGUGGCUCGAAGGAACCUUGGGCACAUGCAAGUAGAUUUGGCAAGGAAGAUUAAAGAAGACCCACUUUUCCAAAUAAGAAAAAAGGAGGAUCAAACAGUUCAAGAUCUGAUGGACAAUCCACUGAAGAGACGACAGCUAGAAAAGUUACGAGCUGCAGAGACUGAAUCUUCUGAAAGCAAGAUAAAAAAGAAAGUGAAAAAGAAAAAGUCAAAGAAGGAUCUAGAUCAGAAACUCUUUGCCAAAAUGGCACUCCUACUUCAGAAUGGAUCAGAUGACUCUGAUGGGGAAUUAUCUGAUGAAAAACACAGUAAAAAGAAGAAAAAGAAGAAGAAACACCGCAAAGACUCAAAACAAAAGCGAGUAAAUAGGUCUAGCAGUCGUUCUAGAAGUAGAUCUCCUAUAAAGACAAAAAAGGCGAAGAAGAAGUCUCGCAGGCACAGCUCAUCAUCGAGCUCCAGCUCUAAUAGUUCCAGCCCUGAUGAACGUGCAUUGGACCACCUAAAAGGCAAUCAGACUCUGUUCGAGUUGUCCAGGCAAGGCAGCAGCGGUGGUCGCUCGGCGGUAGGCACGAAAACAGACACAGCGCAGCCCCCAGUGGUGAGAGGCGAGGCGACUCGGGACACCGCCACAAGGAACACGGUCACGGUGGGACGAGCAGUCGCCGGAAAAAGGAGGCACACACCGCGGACGGGAACAGCGGAGAUCGGCACCGACACGGCGCUGGAGACGGCGCCGAGCGCCGCCGACACCGCACAGAGGAGGGCGCUCGAUCCGGCCGCAGAAGUCCUGAGCGGCAGCAGCGGCCCGGCCGCGCCCCGGAGCCGCGCCCAUGACCCAGGAGCAGAUGGAGAGGAAGCGGCAGGCCAUGCUGGACAACGCCCGCCAGCGGGAUCGGGAGCGCGCCGAGAACGUGGCCAGGUACGACCACGAGCGGGCGCGGGAGGAGCGCGAGCUGCUGGACCGGCCCGACGGCGGCCAGGCGACGUUUGUGCAGAAGCAGAUGCGCGCCGCCGCCGGCCGCGGCACCGUCGAGGACCGGCUCAAGUCGAACCGCUACAACAUCCAGCGCUCGGCCGCCGCCAUGGACAAGAGUUUCGUGCGCCGCUGACGGCGGCCGCGCAGGUCAGCCGCGGACUCAGCCCCCCUCCCCUCCCCUCCCCGCCGACUGUCCGGACUGGGACCGAGGUACCUGGGGCUGGUCCAGCUGGCUCCCCCGGGCUGAACAGUGUACCUGCGACUGGUGUGUUUUGUAGCACCACUUGUUUUGCUCCCUCAGACUGGGAGUCUAAUAGUGUGAUCGGAUCCCCGCAGACUCGUUGGCGCCAGGGCAGCAGGCCCGCCGAGAAAUACCCUCCGUGGACUGUGCGAUUAUUUUAUUAGGGUGAGACAUUGUCUCAGUCGAGACAGGGCUCGCCUUGACUGAGCUGGCUGUUAGGCGCACUGGUGCGCCGCGAUAUACUGCACAUCAAUGUCAAUACAAACACGUAUUUUUAUGUA